GAGCCUCAAUAUGAAUAUGGAAAUAUUUUUGAAUCUUAGCUGCAGCUAUUAUAUACUGUACAUAUAUACGUAAGCAAAAUAAGUAACAAAGCAAAGAUAACACCACAAAAGUUUAAAGUCCUUCUUAGCCAAAUACGUACGUACUUUACUUUCAACUGGUGUGUGUAAAAACGGCAAUGAGAUGCGUAACACAACUUAGUAGUUAAUGUUCCUUUUGUUAUUUGGUAAAUGAACAAUUUAUGGGAUUAAUUCGUUUUUUAAAUCUGCCAUGAUCCUCAGCGCACAACGAAGUUCUGAGGUGUACUACGCCUGACUGUCUGUAGAUGGCAGUACACAACCGGACGUGAAGGAACUGUACGUCUUGACGUCAAUUCUUACGUUCAGAAAACAGGCGCGAGGGAAGUUUGUUUGUCCUGAUCACAUUUGCAGAUGUAUUCUUUUUUUUGAGCGUCAUCUUUGUAAACUCGUAGAAUGUCGAUAUUAAAACCUUUCAAUAAAUUGCCUAGUCUGAACUCAGCGAGCAUCUUGCUGGUGGAGAACGAGGAGCAGUUCCAGCAGAGUUUAGCAGAAGCUAUCGUAAAGGAUACGGAUUUCACGGUCAAUGUGAGACUGGCCAAAUAUCUCCCUCUGCCCAUAGAGAACGAGGAGACACGACCAAGAAUUGACCUGGUUGUAUUCAUCAUUAACCUGACCUCAGAACUAAGUUUAAAGUCAACAGAAACAUCACUGAAAUACCUGGAUCCUGCAUAUUUUCUUGGGAAAGUUUGCUUCAUGGUCACCAGUGCCCGCGUUUCCUCGGUGCCUGUGGAGCGUCUGGAUGCAGUCCGUAAACUUGCUGCUUUCAAUCACAGCGCGCUUCUCUUUGCAGAGGACCAGGUUAUCAUUCUGGCCCAUAUCCAUUAAAGAAGUUGAACAAACGCCAUCGUGGCAUGGAGUCAAAGUGGAAGGACAGCUAGGACAUGGUGGGACUGGAGAACGUCAGCGAUAACAGCACUAUCUGGAAUCCUCGUUGCUUUUUUCACAUUAGCACUUACAAGUCAGCCAAACCAAACAGUAUCUUCUUUCCUCUUGGCAAAUAAACAAACCGGCACAUUGUUGUCAAGCUUUUGGGCCAGAUUUUGAUGUCAACUGAUAUGACCCUGACACUAUUGUGGAACACGAAGCUAUGAAACCAUCUGGACUAGUUUGAGCGGUACUUUCAGAAAAUAUUUAUAAAAGCAGAGUAUGUUGAAUUUUUUCUGUUUGUAAACAUCACUAGCCGCGUCUCUUUCCUCUACAGUCUGCUGUCUUUUGAGACUAUAGAAAAGCCAGUAGAUAACCUAACAGGCUACAGGCUGAGCUCAUACUACCCCCGCUGAGGUAAAAAACCAAACACAAAUAUACAACAAAACUUCAAUUAUAUUUCAUUGUGAUACAUUGUGAGACAAAACUUUCUGUCCAAAAUUAAAGUGACUUACAGAAUUACUAAGGUUCUAAAAUUUUAAUGUAUAUUAUAAAGCUAAUAUUAGUCAUAUUGAGUAAAAUGUUGGGCUCUUGGGGCAUUAUUUAAGUUUGUCCAGAAACAGUGGGUUAGCUGAUGAUCCUGCUGUGUUUUAAGGCGAGGAAUGGGCAGCAGGUUCAUUUGUGAGAAGAGAAAGCUCGACAGUUCGCAGGACGUGGAGCGGAACGUUUGGGUGUGUCUCUCUGGACGAGGACAAGAUACCGUCUGCUGCACUGUCACGUCCACAUGGAUCACAUGAGCAUUAGGGCUGGUGGUAAACUGGCUGUCGACAAUGGUUUCAAGUGGAGGCUAUUUAAAUUCGUCUCAUUACAUUUCAUUGUUGAAAUGUGUGUACAGGGAAUUGAUGCAGAGUGACUGUGAACGCUGACUCUAAUUGGUGCAGGUCAUGACUAAAAAGGAAAUUGAUUAUAGUGAUAUAGUGACAACAAGGUUAAAAAAAAAACU